UUUCAUUACCCCUCCCUGCUUCCGGCUUCCGCAAAACAACUCAACCUAGGCUAGCCUACUGACCACUGAGAGCGACUUGAUGUCGACGUAAUGCUCAAGAUUGAUCCAGGAGAGAGUACACGCAAAAUCUGAGACUGUGGACUGAGCAGAGAAAUGCGAUGAUGAGUGUUUAGGCUUAGUGAAGAUACAACGACCUUGAAAGGACUGCUUUGCUCAGUCUUCUCCAUUCCAUUUUGACAUUGUCAUCAGCUGUGACGAUGGAGGAAGAGGAAGGGGCGAGUGCAUCUGCCUCUGGGGUGAUGCCCAUGGCUUGGCUACCCUCACCUCCAGUGGAUUUAGAGACAAGGAAACAGAGUGAGACGGAGUCGGGUGACGCGAGUCUUGUUCUCGUGGAGGAGACGUCAGCGCCCACCAUGGAUACGGUAGAGUGCGAGGCUCCUCCCAGCUCCAGUGACGACAUGAACUUCAUCAUAGUCGCUGAAGCAGCGGCGGAAGAAGCUACCACAGCGUUGUACCAGGACCUUGACUCAACAUGGAGUGGGGAAGGAGCUAUGGAGGCAGAGGAGACUAGCGAAGAUGCCAAGUCCAGCCCGGUCAUUGACUGCAACAUGCCAGGGAUUCUGAACCACCUCUCUGGUCUGCUGGAGGACACCGAGCCCUCUACAUCCUUGACCGGGGCGGCCUGCGGGGGCCAGCGUCGUUCAUCCGGCCCUGCCCGUCUGUCGGGGGCGCAGUCAUCCAGCAGCAGCGAGGAGGGCGAGUCUGCCAACUCGGCCAGGCGGUCGGGACGGCCCCGUCUUGAGGCGGGCGCGGGUGGUGGCGCGGAGAGGGAAAGCACUUACGGAGUGGAGAGCCAUCAGUCUUCCUCGCCGUCUUCUCCGCAUCCCGAUUUCCUGGAGUUUGAGCCGAACAGCUCGUCGAACGACGCCUGGGAUCCGAUGAACCCGUUCAAACUUUUCAACCUUCCUGACCCGGACGAAAGGAACGGCUCUCCCGAUCGAUUUAUCCCCCGCUAUCAUCAACCCUGGGCGGUUCGACCCAGAUCCCAGAGGGAGCGCGGCAGGUUUGACAUCUUCAACCUCUUGGGCGACGGAGAACAGAGUUGUGGGAGGCAGCCAACAGCUAUGCCACCGUUGCCACCACGGGCCCCAAUUGGGACGCAAAUGAUUGAACCCCCGCAUUCUGGUCCUCGGUCCACGCCCAUAUCCUCAUCGAUCCUGGGUUCCUCAGCGAUGGAGCCUCGGUUUGAUGUUCCCUGCUACCCGGACGUUCCCCUUCGGCUGCACUCGCCAUCUCCUGAACAUGGUCUCGGUGAAGAUGGGGUUCUGUUGACUGAAGAGGACCUCCCUAGUAACUUCUGUGCUGUUGAGUACGAGCGCGCCCAUGGCGAUGCCGCAUUCGAACGUGCCCCUGGAAGCGAGAGAUCCCGCACCACCAGAAUCCUCCGAGAUGUUGAUAUUCUUGCCCCGUCUGACAAUCCAAGUGGACACAGAACCUGGCCAAGCGAGCCCGUGGCAGACUCGACUGACCCCGCCAGUAUGGAGGACAUGCCAGCGGUGCGGAACUUCUCGGGGACUCUCUCAGACUUGAUGAGAUCGGAGGAUUCUGACGUCCCUUUCCACCGGAGGCAGCACCGUCACUCCAUGGAGGAGAUGGUCGAGACUGUCUUCGGUCAGGACGGGAUGACCUUUAGCCUGCCCGUGCCAAGAGAUCAAGGUCAGAUGGGGUCGUGCCGCAGUAGCUCGUCGAGAGAGCCUUUGAGGUGUCAUGGUUGCCUGAGGAGCAUGAUGCGCAACCCCGCUGUUCCUUCCUGCCCCAGCUCCUCUUGCAGAAUAAAGACAUCUUGUGGAGGCUCAUCCCAAGCUAGACCCACGUCGUCUACGGCAAUGGCAGAUGCUAGAGGCGCGGACAACGGUCUCUGCAAUGGGGCCUCCACAAGGGAGACGUCCACUUCCACCGCCACCACAUACCCGUCGUUCCUGGAGCCAGAUCCUCCCGAGGCUGCCACGUCCACACUGACGACACAGUUGACGUCAGUGACAUCCUCCACCGAUGUAGUGUCGUCGACAGGUGUGGUUCCGCCCGCCCACCUGGGUCUUGACUCUUCUGCCACGAACGGAGACGACGCUGCCGCUCUCGUUUCAGAGGCGGAGCCCGCGUUUACUUCUGCUGGCGAGCAGCUGGCUAUGGAUACUAUCUUUUCCACCCCGGUGAUGGCCGCUUCUUCGUCAGCGACGACAACUUCCUCUUCCUCCUCAUCGUCGCCGUUGUCUUCGUCAGCGCUGCAGUCGUCCUCGAGGGGGGCGUCGUCUCUGCCCAAGCCGUGGAAUGACUGGCUCCAGGACAUACACAAUUCGGGAAACCCUGUGCAACCGGGUCCUUCCUCUUCAGUGAACGCUGCGCCGUCUUCAGCCUCCUCCCAAUGGAACGAAGGCGAUGAGAGCAGCGUUAUGAUGCCAACGGCAGGGCCAUCGUUUGAGAGCCAGACGUCUUCUGAUGGUGUCGUCUCCCUCGGUGGUGGUGGUGGUGGUGGCAGUGGUGGUGGUGGCAGUGGUGUGUCAAACGGCUCUACCUCCACCACGGCCACCGCUGCGUCUGCUGCCUCGGAUGACAGCGAUGUGGAGGUGGUCAUGGUCAAACCGAGAAUUGUGAUAGACCUGACUGAUUCGGAUGAAGAACCUCAGCCGAGCUCCACAGAGUCUGAACCCAUGGCCGCCGAGUUGGAGUCGAGAGAGUCGUCGGGGCCCAACGAGGAGGACCAGGGUCCCUUCGAGAUGACGUUUGAGCCGCCACCGUCUGCUUCUCCCCCUCUCAACACCCAGGUGUUCCGCCCUACCUCCUUCCCACAGAACAGAAGCCUCCGAGUUCCAACCAUGCGUAGCUAUGGCUAUGUGCCGUUGCCAUCCAGCUUCUGCUCGGGGCAGCACGACCCUCGCCCUACUUGUGCCCACGAACCCCCGCCCCCUCCCGAGUCCUCAGCGCCCCCUUUUGGGGUAUUCCCGUGCUGUCGUCAUUGUCACCGUGGGCCGGCCACCCACGGAAGGAUGAGGCACCCAGCUAGUCAGCAGAGAAUAGAGGCGGUGAGACCCUCGGACGCCUCCAGCGACCCCUGCUCCCCACGCGGCCGAUCCCGACCCCCAGGAGGAUUUCACUCUCUGCUGUUACACACCGCCAGCAGAAGCACCAGCGGCAGCAGCAGCAACAGCAGUUUUGCUGCCCCGGUGACAUCCACAGCGGCCUCGCCUUGUUCCGUCGCCACCUCAUCGUCGUCCUCUUCCUCCUCCUCCUCCUCGGCCACCGCCUCCUCAACGGGAGUCCUGUCUGCCGCCCCUCCUCCUCCCCCCAUGGUCGCUGCUGCCCAGCCUGCUCACAUGCAGCCUGCUCAGUUCUGGCCCCCGCAGCCCCUACCCCAGCUGCACCACCACCACCACCACCACCACCACAUGGGCCACGCCCCGCACCACUUGCAUCACGGACGGUUUUCCCACAGCCCGGCGGCCGCCCAUGAGCCCCACCACCACCACCACCACACCCCCUCCACGGGGGGUCCAUCUCGCCGCGGCUGUUACUACUACUCCACCUCCUCCCCCGCUGUGGUCACCUCCCCGCCCUCGUCCGGCAGUCAUCAGCCCCACGGACACCUGAUGCCGUACAGUUUUGUCCCCGGUAGUCGCGAGGUGGUGGGCAGGGGCCAUCCUACCUCGGGGAUGGGUCUCGAGUUUCAGAGAGGAAUGUCCAUCAGAGCAGGCCAGCCCCCUCCACAGGCCCACAUCCACCACCACCACCACCACCACCCGACGGAGCCCGGCUGGCCGCUGGUGCACACCCCGUGCUACCGCAACUGUCCCCCGAUGCACCCCAGCCUCCACCAACACCCGACGCCCCAGAGCGGCCCCGCGGCGGCCGCUGCUGCUGUGUCCGCUGCCACCCCGGGCAGCCCUGCCCCCACUCUCUGCUUCCACUCGGCGCCGUCGUCAUCAUCGCAGCAGCAAGCCUCGUGCUCCUCGGCAGGCUGGUGCCACCAUGCCGGGGGUCCUCCGGGCUCCGUGCCGCUCGGGGGUCCGGGUUCAACGUCGGUCCCCCCACCAUCAGCGGCGCCCCCACCGCCUGGAGCCCCUGGUCAGAGCAAUGCAGUACAUCGGGUCUUGAGAGCGGACCCGCCUGCUCCUAUGAGCGUGGACAUCAGCCCCCUCCAAGCUCCUCCCCCACCUUCUGUGGCUCCGCCCGCACCUCAAGCCCCGCCCCCGCCCGGUCCGCCCUCAGGAGCAGAGGGAGGUCAUCCAGGCCCACCUCUGGCCCCGCCCCCUUCCGUUCCGUACCCGGCCGCCAACGGGGCGAGCCCGCACGUGAUACACCACAGAGGCAUGAGGGUGUGUGAGAGGAGCCACUUGAUCCCCAUGGUCCCGCAUAGCCGUAUGUGGACAGAUGUUGUGAUGCCCUACCCCAGUCUCCGCCAGGUACCCAUGCCCCUCAACCUUCAAGCCGGGAUGGAACGCUCGCAUCCUCGUCUCGACUAUGAAUACCAUCUCCCAAUGAUGGGACACUUCAUGGACCGGUUUGCUGUGGAGUCUCCUUUCCCCCUGGAGUCUCACUUCCGGCCGGGGCUGGACAUCCACCACGGCAACGUGCUGGGGGCCACGCAGGAAACCAUAGAGCGCAACACCUUGCCGCACAAGUACAGGAAGGUGGAGAGCUCGUCCGGUGACAAGGAGGAAGCUGACAACAACAACCACCAGGAAAAAUGCACCAUCUGCCUGUGUGAGUUUGAGGCCAAUGAAGACGUCAGACGUCUGCCUUGCAUGCACCUGUUCCACAGCGACUGCGUGGACCAGUGGCUCUCCACCAACAAGAAGUGUCCAAUCUGCCGGGUGGACAUCGAGGCGGCGACAAAGGGAGUGCAGCAACUGUGGCCAGACUUCAGCUCCUGAUGGCUCGCCGGAUGUUUAGCUCCCAAAUUUUCCAAAGACAAAGUCGUGGCUUGACUAGUCAAGGUUGUACGGUUCCCGAACAGCUGCGUUUGACAGCUCGUGUGUGCCAGCCAUCAAGACUUGCGGACGGUGGCUGUGUUUGGCGACUAGAGUGUUCCAGCCGUCAAUAUUUGACAACCCGCAAUUUGAACUGUGUGGUGGCGUGAAUGAGUUACACGCUGAAAGUAUCUCUAAAGAGGAGGAAAGUGAUUUAGAAAUUUGGGGGGGGGGAAGGAGUUGAAAAUGCGAAGCUCUUUCUUUCCUUUCUACAGUCUGCUGUGUUGAGUGGAAAAUCAUGCGUGGUUUCUUGCGGUGUUGUGGCGACGCCUUCACGUGUGCAGUGAGAACAGUUUCCGAGUAGACGUCUGCAUCCCUGGUUCCAACCCCCCAAUAUGGUUUUCUUGGACUUCUGUUGUGUGCGUGGUAUUCAUUCGUGGCUCUCUCCUGCACCCCCUCAGCUUGAUCAGGUUUGAAGUUUACGCUAAUUCACCUUUCCCUGGUCCCAAACAUUGAUGGGUGGGUGGUUGACAGGUGCUCUUGUGUGGUUUACUCCUUCUUUCCUAUCAAACAUCCGUCAGCCUUAUCUGCCCUUCUUCUAUUUUAUUUGUU